AUGUACGCUGCUCUAAUCAAACGUCAACUCACAAGGCCAUCAGCCGUCCGCGUCAGCAGACUGGCACAGGCAUCUAUUCAUGAGAAAUCUCAGCCCAACGCCAAGGGCAACGAAGAAUUUUUCAUCAACACUACAUUCCCCGAUGACUACGAAGGAUCUCCUUUGAAGCCAGACCUCGAUAAAAAGCAAGCGGCCACAAGUGACCAGGGUACUACUGAGCAGCAUAGGGCCGAUAUUUAUGAUAGUCUGUGGGGGAAGGAAUCAGGUGGCGUGGCGAAGGAGACGAAGCAAAAAAAGGAGACGACGGCCCGAGAUGAGGCCCUUGAGACUGAACAUGAACCUGAACUUGAUGAAAUGUAA